AGUAAGACAUUUCCGACGGUUUAUCGGAAAUUUGUAGCUUUAAAGGCUAAAAGGACAUUAAGCACUGGUAAAUUAUUCGAACAGUUCUAUCCUCAACGGAUUAUUGAGGACAGUGAAAGUGUUGUAAUAAGUGACAGUGAAAAAGUGUCAAAGUGCGCAUCGGAAUCAACAAUCACGGCCACGGGACGGCUAGAAUCCUUACGGACGAAGGAUUAUCGAACCAUAAUGUCUCACUUGAGUAACCUCGUAAUUCUGAUCGUAAUAAGAACAAUCAUUUGUCAAUAUGUUCAAAUUCACGAUAUAACGAACAACGCAGGAGCGUUGAUUCUUCAAAGAGGAGAAGGGAGGAUAAUCGCAGGAUAUGAUAGACUCUUACAUAUUAUCGAACUACCACAAUUUGAAAUGUCCAUUUCUAUCCUUGAAAAUGUGUCUCAACAACUUAAAAACUCAUCAAGUGAAUUGUCAGAAAUUUUACAAACAAAAUUAAGAGAAAUCAGAUUUACAUUUAACACUAUCAAUAUAAAUUCAUUUAGAUCAAAACGUGCAAUUGAAACCCUUGGAAGUGUAAUUAAAUUUGUAUCAGGAAAUUUAGACGCAGAGGAUUUAAGAAUUAUAAACUCAGAUUUAGACAGCCUAAGGAAAUCGCAAGCAGGAUUAAUAAAACAAAAUAACAGACAAAUAAAAAUCAACUCCAAAUUUGAAAAUAGGAUAAACCUUGUGAACAACGACAUAAAAAUUCAACAAAACCUUUUGAGAAAUUUUCUCCAAACUAGCGAUAACGUGAUAACUGAAAAUCAAAGAAUAGCCUUGAUAUUCAAAACCGAUAUACUUCUAGACUCACUAAAAUCUAUAGAAUACGCGAUUAUGCUUGCAAAACUUAACAUUAUAAGUAGGCAAAUCCUCUCGACUAAAGAAAUCAAAACAAUUGUAAACGAACUAAACAAUCAAGGCGUGGAGAUACACCAUCUGGACAACAUCGACGAUAUCCUCACUACAACGGUCAUCUAUAAAGGAUCAACUCUUAUCAUCUCGGUGAACAUUCCCAGACUCCUUCCAACCAAGUAUCAGGAAUUCGUAAUCGAACCCUUACCAAUCUCCAACCGGACAUUCAAAAUCAAUCAUCGUACGGUUUUUGCGAACUCGGAGCAAACGCUAGCCACCAUUUCACCAUGCCGUGGAAACGACAAAGUCCAAAUUUGUGAGAGAACCCAAAUUAUUGACAUCAGCAAUAACCAAUGCGAAAGUUCAAUAGUCCGAGCUCAACAUGGAGCAUGCGAUAUGACAGAAAAAGCUGCGACAACGGAAGUCAGGCAAAUUACACCAGGCACACUAUUGGUGAUAGCCAACAACCGCAAUGUCACCUUGAACAGCACCUGUGGAAUCUACGAUAAAGUUCUCACGGGAAUUCAUACAAUUCUAUUUCACAAUUGCUCAGUAAGAAUAAAAAACGAGCUAUAUGAGAACUAUGAAAUCGAGUUUCGGCAGAAGACGAUUCUGCCUAUACAAGCAGAAAAAAUAUCGCCCGUGUACGUUGAACCGCACACCAAUUAUUCGGAAAUUAAAGAACUGCACCUGAAAAACAGAAGACACUUGGAAAGUCUCGAAUCCAAGCAAACUGUUCAAAAUGCAUCACUAAGCUUUUUCGCCAUAGUGAUGAUUUUACUGGUGGGUUUCGGCUUAAAGAAAUUCAAAGAAAAGCUAGCAAAAUUCCAGAUCGCAACGGACGCAGAAAUGCCCCAACCGAGACGUUUGGGACUUACGGAGGGAGCAGUUACCGAAGGAACCGGCCCAUCGAGGAUCGUGCUCUAGCAGACGCACGAUCAGCAGAACCACACCUGGAGCAGCGCACCAUCAUCGGACGAGGGUAUCAAGUAUCAUUUGAUGCACUCGUCAUUUGUCGCCCCAGUGGGGCUCGGUAGUAUUAAGAGCGAAAGUAAUAAAUCAUUCUAGU